AUGUCGGUAGCAGCGGUGCCAAACCUGCGGGGCAAGCGUCUCCGCCACGGCCCAUCUGUCCGCACAGGCUCUGUCCAUCUGGGCAAAUCCUUGGGCAGGCCCACCGCCGCCUGGCAGCCCCGGCACGGGGCGGUCACCCUCCACACCCUCGAGGCGCCCACCUCGCCUACUGUUGCACGCGGACGGGUCGUCGAGGCGCACACGCCUGUGGUGGUGAGAAGGCAGUUGCCGCUGGCAGGGACAGGGACUCCUGUCCGUCCGCCGUCGCCGUCUAUGGCGGCUGCAGCAGAGCUUGCCGACCAGGCGGCGCUGCUGUUCUCGGCCGUGGCCGAGCCGGCGGUCGCAUCGCCGCCGCCGCGCAUGCCGUCGCCUCCGCUCAGGCUCGCCAGCACAGAUCAGAGCCCGGACUUUGCGCUGCUGGAUGGAUCGACCGACUUUGACGUCGACUCGCUCCUGACAGAUCACUCGAGCCUUCCGGUAGUGGCAGGCAACAGCCGGCUCGCGUUUGACGCAGCGUCGCCGCUGGCGCCGGACUCGUUGAACUCGUCGCCGCUCACAACCGAGGCGCUGAUGGCGUCGCCGGGCGGUGUCGAGCCGCGUAUUGCUGUCACACCGAUGAUGGCCAAGCUCCGCGCAAAGUUUGACGCUGCGCGCUCCGAACUGAGAACUCCCGGUGCGUCGCUUCGCGGCUUGGCCGGCCCGGCGCUGGCUGAGAGCGACUCGGCACCUGCCGCUGGCCCACAUUUCAUGACUGCGGACCUUGUAGAUGUUGUCCUUGCGCACGCUCCGGACAGAGUGGCAGACAUGGAGUUGGACGAGGCUGAGAAGCCGGCGGCGUGCGCGCGCUCGACUGCGUACCGCCGCCGCCUCGCGGCUGAGGCACGCAAAAAGGACGAAGCUGACCGCAAGGCCGCGCUCAUUCAGCAGCGGCUAGAGGCACUCGAGGCCGAGGUCCGCCAGCAGCGAGUCAAGGCGUCUGCCUCGGCGCGUGCCCGCAAGUCAGCGGCUUCGCGCGAGGAUAAGGAGAACAGCACCGCUCGCAAGCCGCCGCCGGGCAUGGUUGCCCGUCUCAAGAAGUCGCUGCCACGGCCCAAACCACGGGCGCGGCCACGCCCGCGUCCGCGUUCGCGUUCUGGCCCACAUCCGCAACACCGCAAGCCGGCAGCGGCCGACUCGGAGCCUCAGUCUCAGGCUCAGGCUCAGGCUCAGGCUCAGGCUCAGGAUCAGGCUCAGCCUGAGCCAACUCCUGAAGACGACUCGGUUGGUGCCGACGCAGCAGCUGAGAUUGUGCCGAGCGCCUCGGCUUUGAGUGCAAGUUCUAGCUCGAGCGCCGACGCCGUUGACCUCUACUACACGGACGAUCCCGCAGCCAAGACCCGCGAUCUAACAACAUCAGAUAUGGCGUCGAGAGGGCGGACCCGGCCCGUGACUGCGCCUGUGCGGCGGCGGCGUCCACGCAACAAGCCGCAUCCUGCGCCGCUGCGCGAGCGACAGGAGGAGGUCAAGUCGGGUCCGACGCCUGAGGAGAAGGAGCGGUUUGCGCAAGGCCGCGAGUACAUGCGCCAGCAGCGGGCCAAGCGGGCUGCAGAGCUGCGACGCCAGCGUGAGCUCGCGGAAGCCGAGGAGGCCCAGCGGGCGGCCGAGUUGGCGCGGCUGGAGGAGUUUCGGCGGAAACAGCGCGAGGAACAGGAUGCUCGUCGGCGGCGCCGGGCCGCCAUUGCUGCCGCGGAAGCGGCCGAGGCGCCCACGCCUGCGCCCGCUCGCCCUGCGCCCGCGCCUGCGCCCUCCCGCCCUCCGCCUGGACCCGUCCGCAAGCGGCGGCGCAAGCGCCGGCCGGCAGCAGCACCGGUGGCGACGACAUCCGGCGCGCGCAAGGUCAGGAUCCGCCGCAAGCGGCUCCAUCAGACGCUCAAGUCUGCGCCACGUCCUAAAGCGCCGUCGGUGGGUGCCGAGCCUGCAAGUGGAGUCCCGGAUCCCGAGGCGCGCAUGCUUGCGCUCCGCGAGUCUGCAGUCCGGCUGCGAUCGCGACUAGCACAGCUGUCGCAGGCUGAUCUUGACGCACUGCCGCAGCCCCUUGCAGAGACACUCUCGUCACUGCACCUGCAGGAUGUGAUGGCGCGACUGUUCGCGCCGGACGAGUCUACGGGAGAGAGCCAAAGCAAGGCUUCACUACCGGGCGCACCGCGGUCACCAUCGCGUGCGAUGGCGGGCUCAGAAGCGCGGGCGCUGACUCCUGUAACGUUUGACGCCGACGUACCGGAGCGCCUUGGUGUGGGCGAGCUGAAAGCUGCUGGCGCGGCACGAAUGGACGUGCGGUCGCCUGUCGCGUCGCCGCGCUCGCGGGCAGGCCGUCCGCCGUUGACGUUGGCAAGCGACUCUGGCUCUGACGACGAGCCGUCGAUCUCGUUCUGGCCGGGCGCGGCGAGCGCCGGGCAUGAUGUGCCGCUGAUGCGGUCGCCCAGCCUGUCGCCGCCGCGGUCGCCGGUGGCGAUUCAAGCGGAAUUGGGCUCGCCGCUGGAGUUCUGCGGACGGUCGCCGUCGCCGGACCCGCAUUCGAUUGUCAAUCUUCUCAGCCGGGACAUGCUGUCCAAGCUCAACUCUGAAGUUGCGCUUGCGCGGUCGCCGUCGGUGCCGCUGCCGGCUCCUGCAGCCGCAGAGCCAGAUCCUGUUGCUGUUCGGCUUUACGUCGACGACUUUGAGCCGGUCUCAGACGACGGAGAUGACAUUGGUGACGGUAGCAACAAGGCCGGCGCCAAGAGAGCAGAAUCGGGCUCAUACUCGUGCGCUGCGUCGAGCGUCCCCGAGCCUGUUGAGAGUGAGACGGCCUCGAGCUCGGCUUCAAACUCGAGCUCGAGUUCGUCGCAGUCGGACGCGUGCGACGACGAGUCGAGCUUGUCGUCGGCACUGGCGCCGCCAACACCGCCGCGGAGCGGCCGGAUUAUGGGUAGCACUACCGAACCGGAAGGCGCUGCGCGGGAUGUGCGACUCUCGCCAAACUCGCUGGCGAGGACGCUGCUUGCCGAGGUCAACCUGCUGGAGGAGACCGAGCAGGCGCGCCUUGAUUUGGCGUCGUGGGAGCAGGCGCGAGCGGUGGCACUGGCACAGCAGGAAACAGUGGCGGUGGCGACGCUGCUGCAGGGCGAGCGUGAGGAUGUUGCCAAGUCGGCGGUGGCCACGCGCGACCAUGGUGCGACCGCUGCCGACGCUGCGGCGGUUGCGGCUCAGGCGGCAGCGCAGGCGGUGCAGGAGAUGGUGGCAUUUGUGCGGGACGGCGGAUUGGCGACGACCGCAGAACCAGUGUCUGCGCCGGCUGCAAUGGCACGAGCAGUGGUUGCCGCGCCUCCAGCCGGGCGUGUGUACGAAGAUGACUUUGAGCCUGAGGACGUGUCAACGGUAUCAUCUUCGCGUACGGGAUCGUCGUACGCCGCUUCGGCGGUGACGUCAGCGAGCGCAAUGACGGUGGCGUCUGCGAGCUCGCUUGCUGCCGACACCAUCUCGUUUGAGUCGAUUAUGGAUGCUGUGCGGACGCCGCCGCCGGCGGACAAGACGUUUGGAGGAACAACAUCGCCGAUUGCGCGUGAGAUCGACUCGACUUAUGUCUCCGAGGUCGCGUCCGAGGUCGCGUCUGAAGUUGCAUCCGAGGUUGCGUCCGAGGUUGCGUCUGAGAUUGCAACCGACGAUGACUUUGGCCCAUCACAGUCUGCGUCUGCGACGGCAUCUGCGUCUGUGUCCGAGUCGACGCCAGCCAUUUCAAUAUGCUCGGACGAUUUUGUGGACCUGACAGCCGCGACUAGUGGGAUGCAGGGCACGCCGCAGGCUAGCGCGUCCGAUGUGGACGCUGGCGAGGUGCGCAGCAUGUCAGACUUGUCCGGAACGUCGAGCAGCUCGGUGGCGACUGGUGGCUCGGGCUAUGCCGCACGGAUGAUGCAGAUGGCGUCGCAGACGACCGACAUGCUACUGCGGCAGGAAGAUGAGCGUGUCGCGACAGAAGAGCGACUGCUGGAUCUGCGGGCCGAGUCGACCGAGGAAAAGUUCCGAGUCCAGCUGGCUGAGCUCGACAGCACGAGGAGUAUGAGUGAUGCUGAGCGAAAGGAAGCCAAGCUGCUGGUGCUGAUGGAGCUCGACACGGAGCGGGCACAGAUCUCGCAGAUGAGGGCAGCGCUGCAUGCUGAGUCGAUGCGACUGCGUGCCAAUGCCAAGGCGCAGCGCCAGGAGAUCGCCCGUGCGUCGGCACAGUCGCGGUCGCGCGGACAGACAUCACAGGCGGUGGUGGUAGCUGAGCCACAGGGCCCGACGUUUGCGCCUCCUGCAUCGGGGAGCCGGACGAGUGAGAGCCCUGCCGCGUCCGCUGUGUCGGAGAUGAGCGGCUCAGUGGCAAGCUCCGAGUCGCGAGUGUCGAGCGUCGCCGCGGCAAAGGACCGGCUGGAGAGCCUGCGGGAGGAGUUGGUGGCCAAGAAGCGGACGGCCAAGGAGAUGCUGGCGGCGAAGCGGCGGCACGACGAUCGGCGGCGGCUCGAGGCCGAGGAAGCCGAGCUGCGGCGGGAAAUUGCUGCAGUCGAGACGCUCAUGGGGCGGCUGACAAGCCAGGCGCCUGCGAGCGACGACGAUGGGUACGACGACGAGUACGACGAGCCUGUCGACAACUCGGCGGUUCACACUGUUCCGAGUGCGAGCGUGAGCACGAGUGCAAGCGUGAAUGUGAGUACGAGCGCGAGUGUGAGUGCAAGUGUCGGCGACCGCGAGUCGCUGGGCGAGUCUGUGGCUGGGUCUGUGGCUGGGUCUGUGGCUGGGUCUGUGGCUGAUUCUGUGGCCGAGAUUGAGUCGAUUGCUGAUGAUGUCUCCGAGGCAUCGUCAGAUGAUUCGAUGAUGAAGUACGCGUUUGAUGCUGCAGCUGUGGCCGUGGCGGAUGCGGGGCCGGCCGCGUACGAGCCAGACUUUGAAGCUGUGGGCGACGCAUCUGUGGCGAGCAGCGUGGCGGACACAGGGCCGGCCGCGUACGAGCCAGACUUUGAGUCUGUGGGCGACGCAUCUGUGGCGAGCAGCGUGGCGGAUGCGGGGCCGGCCGCGUACGAGCCAGACUUUGAAGCUGUGGGCGACGCAUCUGUGGCGAGCAGCAUGGCGGAUGCAGGGCCGGCCGCGUACGAGCCAGACUUUGAGUCUGUGGGCGACGCAUCUGUGGCGAGCAGCGUGGCGGAUGCGGGGCCGGCCGCGUACGAGCCUGACUUUGAGUCUGUGGGCGACGCAUCUGUGGCGAGCAGCGUGGCGGAUGCAGGGCCGGCCGCGUACGAGCCAGACUUUGAGUCUGUGGGCGACGCGUCGACCGAGGCCGAGUCGGAAAUCGAGUCAGAGAUCGCAUCUUGCGUCGAGUCCGACUCUGGCAACAGCUCGAGUGAGUUUCAGAGUCGGUACGUCUUCAAUGCCGGCAACGAUGCCGGCAACGCACUUGCACCGCCGUCGACUCUGGUCAUUGCUCCAUCGGAGAGCAUCUCGCAAGCCAACGAGACUGACGCGGCAGAGUCCAGCCCUGUGGUCGACGCCGUGACACCUCGGUCCCCGCUGGACACGUCGCUCACGCUCAAUCCUGCGGCGUCGCUCAUGUCGCGGACGUCGACGAGCUCGCUCACCGACUACCGCAUGGGAUCGUCCGACUUUGAAGCCAACACGCCCCCGGGACAUGCCUUGUUUGCGGAUCGGAUCGCUAUUCCACUCUCGCCCACCCACACCGCCACGAUUCCUGACGGCGCCGCGGCUGACGUUGCCGAGACUGGCUCCGACGAUGGCGCCGUCGACGGCGUUGUCGACGGCGUCGUUCCUAUCGAGAUUGCAGGCGCUGUUGAGGCGGAGAAGGCUGAGGCUGCAGCUCAUCUUUCAUCACCAACAUCCGCCGCCGCUACCGACACUGUGGACGAGUCGGACGACCUGGUGUCGUCCAGGUACUCGUCAUCGGUGCCCGUGGUCGUCAAGAAGCUCGGCGAUGAGAGCUCGUCGUCCCAGUCGAACUCGUCGAGCUCGUCGUCAGGACGGCUGGGCCAUGGGCUCCAAAUUGACACAUUAUGCGUUGACCGCGCCGAUGAUGACAUCGAAUCACUCUCGCCGGGCUCGCCAGUCUCGCCGAUGAGGACCUCACCGCUUGAGCGAAUGGGCUCGUCGGCCGAGCUGGGAGCCAACUCCUACUCGGACGAGACGUCGUCACCACCUUCGUCACUUCCGUCGUCGCCGGCUUCGUCGCCGAACUCGGCACAGCUCGCAGCGCUGCCGCUGACAGCCACCGAUGCCGACGGCGACUUUGUCGGCGGUGGGCUGCGGAGUGAGUCGCCGCCGAUCUCGAUGCCGAUGGUCUCAACGCCUGUGCCGGUAGAGGCUGCGGUUGAUUCGGUCUUUGACGCGCUGCUCUCGUCGACCAUCGACGCUGCGCUUGCAGCGCGGGCAGCGAAGCAGCAAAGCAGGGCGCAGGUGCUCCGGCACCGGUCGCCUGGCACGUCGCCGGCGUCGCCCUCGCCAUCGCCGUCGUCUCCGUCGGCGUCGCCCUCGCCGGCGUCGCCCUCGCCGUCGUCUCCGUCGUCGCCGUCGACGUCGUCGGCCUCACAAUCGCCAUCCUCGCCAAAGAGUGAUGACUUUCUGGCCCUGCUCCGGCCCGACAUCCCGCGGCUCAAUCUCAGUUCGCCUGGUUCCGACGCGCCGGCGCUGGCCUCAGCGCUGGCUCCCGAGCUCGGGCUGGGCAUCGAAGACGACGAGCUGGACAACCUGCUUGAGUCGGAGAAUGACGUUGCGGUGCGCCAGAUGGAGCACUUUCUGGCCGAGACGGCUGUCGACGCGUCGGAUGCGCACGACGACGCGUUGAUUGCUGCGGUGACGCGGGGCGGCGGGCAGUCGCUGGUCCGCCACGCAGGCACGCUCCGCAUCGACCGGCACGAGCUGGAAAAGUGGCAAGUUGCGCACAGCGAGCAGCUGGCUCUGGCCAAGUCGCGGCAGGGCGUCGCCAUCCAGCACCUGCACGACGCGAUGGUGAUGGAUGUGCUCGACGAGGCGCUCGCAAGUGGACCGCCGGACUACCCCGACGGCAUCCCGCCGCCGUGGCUGCGCAAGUCGGUCUCGGUUCAAGCCCGCAUGGCGCCGGUCUCGGAUGCCGACCGCGUCGCUGCUGCGGUCGCCCGCGUCGCCGCCUGGCGGGCGUCGCAGGCGCUCGAAGGUGAGGCCGCCGACAUUGUUGACGUCCUCCUCGCCGAGCAUAUUGUCGAGCAGGACAAGGAGUGGUCGAACUUUGAGGCUGAUGAGGUGGCGGUCAAGGACGCGGUGGCCGAUGCCAUUUUCGACGACGAGCUGACGCGCAUGGUAGCCGAGCUUGUGCGACUCGACUCGAUGAUGUAAACGUAUCUCCGCAAAAC